AUAACACCCGACGUAGGUUCAUUUUAUUGUCGAGGCUGUGAGGUGCCAUCCGAUUUGCCGAUUCCACCAUAUUGUUCGUUUCCGAAACCUAGAAAGGGGUAAACCCUAAAUCCGCCGAGCCCUUUGGAUGCGAGAACUCCGCGAGUCGCCGCUCUCUGUCGGGGUAUCACCAUGGGCGCCAGUCGGAAGCUGCAGGGUGAGAUUGAUCGAGUGCUGAAGAAGGUCCAGGAAGGCGUCGACGUCUUCGAUAGCAUAUGGAACAAGGUUUACGACACGGAGAACGCGAACCAGAAGGAGAAAUUCGAGGCGGAUCUCAAGAAGGAGAUUAAGAAGUUGCAGCGGUAUCGCGAUCAAAUCAAGACAUGGAUACAGUCUAGCGACAUCAAGGAUAAGAAGGUUAGUGCCUCUUAUGAGCAGGCUCUUAUGGAUGCUCGCAAGCUCAUUGAACGUGAAAUGGAAAGAUUUAAGGUUUGUGAGAAGGAGACAAAAACAAAAGCCUUCUCCAAGGAAGGAUUAGGUCAGCAACCUAAGACAGAUCCAAAAGAGAAGGCCAAAUCGGAAACAAGGGACUGGUUGAACAAUGUGGUUGGGGAUUUGGAGAGUCAGAUUGACAAUUUUGAAGCUGAGGUUGAAGGGCUUUCUGUAAAGAAAGGGAAAACAAGACCACCUCGGCUGACGCAUUUGGAAACAUCUAUUGCGAGGCACAAAGCUCACAUUUUGAAAUUGGAGUUGAUUUUAAGAUUAUUGGAUAAUGAUGAAUUGAGUCCUGAACAGGUUAAUGAUGUUAAAGAUUUUCUAGAAGAUUAUGUUGAACGGAAUCAGGACGAUUUUGAUGAAUUUGGUGAUGUUGAUGAGCUUUACAGCUCUCUGCCACUAGAAAAGGUGGAAGCCCUAGAAGAUCUUGUUUCACUUGGUCCUUCCAGUCUUGCUAAGCAGGGCGUUGCUUCUGUUUCAACUGCUAGUGCACUUUUAGGCUUGAAGAAUGCUGUAGCCAGUUCGGCUGCUCAGUUAUCUUUAACACAGAUCAUAUCUCAGGACCAAGGUGAUGAUGCAGCUUCUCCGGAAAGUAACGCUGAUGUUGCACCAAAAACCCCACCUUCAAAAAGUGGAGCUAUGGUGACUGUGGUAUCAACAGUUCCUCCUGGUAUAAGUUCUGGGAUAUCAGUGGGGACCAGUUCAUCUGCAACUGCUAAUGUUCCUGUGCGUCCAUCAGUUGCUGGACCAACAGUUGCAGCUAUACUUUCUGUGCCACCAAAUGUUCGAGGCGUUAUAGAGAACUCAUCUGCUGCUGUUUCUUCUCCUCCUAAUUCAUCCAGCUCACUUAAGGAGGAUGAUAAUAUGACCUUCCCUGUGCGUAGAUCUUCACCAGCCAUCCCUGAAAUUGGAAUAGCGAAAGGCAUUAGCCGAGGGAUCUCUAAUCAACCAUCAAUUAGUACUUCGAUGACUUUCAGUUCAGCUGGUGGAAUCACUGGAAAUGUUUCUCUUGGUUCUGUUCCUCCAUUAUCUGAUUUGUCUAAGCGAAAUGUGUUAAAUGUUGAUGAGAGAAUUGGGAGUAGUGGGCUUGCACAGCCUCUGUUGUCGUUUCCUCUGGAUAACAGAAUUCUCUUGCAGUCGUUGCCAAGGACCAAUGAUGGAGCUGGUUCAAAUGAUUCUAGUAAUGUUGGAGAGGGUUCUACUGCUGGAGGAAGAGUCUUUUCACCUUCAGUUGUCUCUGGGAUUCAAUGGAGACCUCAAAGUGCAACUUCUUUUCAGAAUGCAAGUGAGAAUGGCCAAUUUCGUGGGCGUCCUGAGAUAGCUCCUGACCAGAGGGAGAAAUUUCUGCAACGGCUCCAACAAGUGCAGCAACAAGGGCAUAGUAAUCUACUUAGCGGGCCACAUCUCUCUGGUGCUAGUCACAAGCAGUUUACCACACAACAGCAGAAUUCACUUUUACAACAGUUUAGUCCUCAAAGCACUUCUGUUUCACCCCAUGUUGGCCUAGGGCUUGGAGUUCAGGGAGCAGGGCUUGUGUCUGUUAGUUCGGCUGCACAACAGCAACCAACUCCUGUUCUUCAACCGUCCUCCCAACAUCCCUUGGUUUCAACUGUAACAAAAGAUGGAGAUUCUGUACAUGACAAUCCGGAAGACCAGCAGCAACAUAAUAUAUCUGAAGAUCUGAUUGCAGAUCCUGCCUCAAGUCCUAGUGUCAACAAGAUGAUGAGUGAUGAUGAUUUGAAGACAUCAUAUGUGGGAACAAGCACUGUGGCAGUGUCAGAAGUGAAUCAAUUAUCUAGGGAUACUGAUCUUCCACCUGGUCAGCCAUUGCAACCCGGUCAAUCUUCUGCUAGCCUUGGUGUGAUUGGUAGAAGAAGUGGGUCAGAACUUGGUGCCAUUGGUGACAACAUUAGUGGUGUAGCUGGGAAUUCUGGUGGAAUGCACGAUCAGAUCUACAAUCUACAGAUGCUUGAAGCUGCAUACUACAAACUUCCACAGCCCAGGGACUCAGAACGUGCAAAGAACUAUGUUCCGAGGCAUCCUGUAGUGACUCCAUCUAGUUAUCCUCAAACUCAGGCACCCAUAGUUGAUAAUCCUGCCUUUUGGGAACGACUUGGUCUGGAUCCAUUGGGCACUGAUGCCUUGUUUUUUGCGUUUUACUACCAACAGAGCACUUAUCAGCAGUACUUAGCUGCCAGAGAAUUGAAAAGGCAGUCAUGGAGAUUUCACAAGAAAUUUAAUACAUGGUUUCAACGGCAUGAGGAGCCAAAAGUCACUAAUGAUAACUUUGAGAGAGGAAAUUAUGUAUACUUUGAUUUUCAUAUUGCAAACGAUGGUUCUCAGCAUGGAUGGUGCCAGAGGAUUAAAACUGAUUUCACCUUUGAAUAUGAUUUCCUCGAGGAUGAACUUGUGGUAUAAAAUUGCUGAAUCACAUCUUAUUGAUCAACAAAUUUCAAGUUUUGGUAUGUUAUAAUAUGUGCCUGUUCUGUGUUAAAGUAAAGAACAUAUUUGUGAAUCCCAAUGGAAUGAUUGUAUCUUUUCAGUUUAGUUUAGAAUUAAAUCUACAACUUUAAUUUCAUUUGAGAUUCCUUUGCUACUUGUCAGUCACCUUUAGAAAAGAUCGAGACUGCUUGGUCGUCUGUGAUACAAUGAUGUGAUUAUAUGAAGCAUUGAUUUAUUUUA